GUUAUUUGGCAGCCACCCACAACCACCGGCCAGCCCGCCGUCGUUGUCUCCAACGGUGGCGGCCUCUGCCCUCUGCAUUUUUCUUCACCUGCAAAUAUUUCUCUCGAAUAACCUAAUCUAGCUUUGUUCUGCAUCUUGUAACCCUCUACUGGAAUCCAGACUAAAGUAGCUACCAGCAGAAGGGAUUGGAUUUCAGCAUUGUUUAGCAAGCAUGGCCACUUCUUUUAGGACCUUCCUUUCCUUCCAUCAUCGAACUCUCUUUAUUCCCUUGACUAGUGCUGCUUUUGUUGCUUCUUCUAAUAUACCAUCUUCCCUUGCAAUCCAUUGCACUCGCAAGCUCUACUGUUACACUCCAAGAAAUAUCAGCCUCACUUCCAUCAGGUGUUGUGUACAGUCUGCUCCAAGAACUAUUGAGCCACAAUACAAAGUUGCUAGUCACCCAAAUGUUGUUCAAAUCCUUGAAGAAAGAGGGUUGAUUGAAUCCAUUACCUCUGAGAAUCUCAGGUCAGCUUGUUCAGAUCCAAGUUCUGGUCCUCUCAGAGUUUACUGUGGUUUUGAUCCUACUGCUGAGAGCCUACACUUGGGCAACCUUCUAGGGCUCAUUGUGCUUUCAUGGUUCCAAAGAUGUGGCCAUGAACCUGUUGCAUUGAUUGGAGGUGCCACUGGUCGGAUUGGAGACCCUUCUGGAAAGAGCCAAGAGAGACCAGACCUUGAUGUCAAUACAUUGGAGAAAAAUGUAAAGGGGAUUGUUGACACCAUAACACAGAUUCUAAGUCAAAACAAAAACUUAAAUUCAAAUGUAAUCCCUUCUGGUGGUUCCUUUGUGAUUCUAAAUAAUUAUGACUGGUGGAAAGAGGUUAAGUUGCUGGAUUUCUUAAAACAAGUUGGUCGAUUUGCAAGGGUGGGUGCCAUGAUAAGUAAGGAGAGCGUAAAGAAGAGAUUGGAAUCGGAACAAGGAAUGAGCUAUACUGAAUUUACUUACCAGCUACUACAGGGCUAUGAUUUUUUAUACCUUUUCCAGAAUGAAGGUGUUAGUGUUCAAAUUGGUGGCAGUGACCAGUGGGGUAAUAUCACUGCUGGGACCGAGCUAAUUCGUAAAAUUCUACAGGUGGAAGGAGCCUAUGGGUUGACAUUCCCUCUUCUGUUGAAAAGUGAUGGAACCAAGUUUGGGAAAUCAGAAGAUGGUGCAAUUUGGCUUUCGCCAUCUAUGUUAUCCCCUUACAAGUUCUACCAAUAUUUCUUCUCAGUUCCAGAUGCAGAUGUUGUCAGAUUUCUCAAAAUUCUUACUUUCUUGAACAUGGAAGAGAUCAAUGAGUUGGCAAGUGAAAUGACAAGACCCGGUUACACGCCCAAUACAACCCAGCAAAGGCUUGCUGAGGAAGUUACUCGUUUUGUUCAUGGUGAAGAUGGUUUGAACGAGGCUCUUAAGGCAACUGAAGCACUGAGGCCUGGAUCAGAGACAAAAUUGGAUUGGAAGACCAUUGAGGGGAUUGCCAAUGAUAUCCCAUCUUGCUCCUUGGCUUAUAAUCAAGUGGUGAAUCUUUCACUUAUUGAUCUUUCAGUUUCAACUGGUUUGCUUGAGAGCAAAUCAGCUGCUCGGCGUCUAUUAAAGCAAGGAGGUCUCUACUUGAACAACAAUAGAGUGGAUAAUGAAAGUAAAAAAAUAGAGGCUGAGGACAUUGUAGAUGGCAAAGUUCUUCUUAUAUCGGCUGGCAAGAAGAACAAAGUUGUUGUAAGAAUUUCUUGAUUCCUUGUAUUGGUACGUACCUGAUCAUUUUUUUAAAUAACUGUUCUGUGAAAAUAUUGUUUAACUUUGCAGGCUUUAGUCAUGGUAUAUAGGGCGUUAUUACUUUUCUUCCUUUUGGCAAAAUAAGAUGGAAAUGAAACAUUAGAGAUUGUUUGACAUCGUCAUUAUUAUUAUUAGGAUGGAUGAUAGACAAAUACCAUCAAAGGAAGAAAUCUUCUUAAGAAGAGCACUUACCAUAGACUUGAACACUCUUACGCAAAACUUCAGCUGUAUUUCCUUUGAAAACAGGUGAGGAGAUGAUCAACUUCACAAUGCCUUCAUAACAAGUAUGUCCGAAAGAGAUGAGUUGCUUGCAACAAUCCUUGGCGAUACUAUUGACUCUGUGCAAGAAUGUUAUUGGAAAUGGCAUCCCCACAUUCCUUAUCAGUUAUAGCAGUUGACAUUUUUCAAAAACUCUCUCUUUUUAUGAUGGCUCCGGGAUUAGACUCCCUGGAGCUAGAGUGGGUGGAGAUGUCACCUUGCUAGCCAACAACAAGACUACCAUAACAGCUAAGAUGCUAAGCUUCUCCAUUGCCAUUGGUGGUCUCUUGAUUUUUGGGCUAGCUAAGGGAAGACCUUCCGAGCGAGUUGGUAAAGAAAGUAAAAGGCUAAUUAUACGUGAGUCAAUAUCUUUUAAUGCUUAAGAAACUGUUUCUUGGCUUUUUGCAUUGAGACCUCUAUUUAAUGAAGUUUCUUUUCUGAA